AUGGGUGUUAAUAUUAUCAACAACAAUAUCAUUCAUAGCUUCCUCCUCAGUUUUCUUACAGCUCUGGUUUCUGGGAUCUUCUUUUUCAUCUCCUUCUGGAUUCUUCCAUUUCUGCAGUCUUCUUCUAACACCCCCACGGCCUCCGUUUUCCUCCUCGGAAACCUAAUCGUCGCCGUCCUCGUCGGAGAAUCCAAAAUGUUUUCCCCAAAAACUUGCGAUUCUGCAGUCGAUGAUGAUGAUGACUGUUUAUUCGAUGGGAGUUUUGGGGAGUGUUCGAUCGGAGAAAUGGAAGAUGAUUGUGAUGAGGGUGAAAGGAUUGAUGAGUGGGAAAUGAGUAAUUUGGGUGAUCGUGAGGAAUUGAGUAGAAGGGCUGAUGAUUUUAUUGCCAGAGUCAAUAUGCAGAGGAAGAUCGAAGCUACGAUACUUUCAUAUGGUUGCGAAUGGACGACGAUGAACAAAAAAUAUAGAAGAAGAAGAAUCUGUCUGAAACAAAGGUUUUGA